AUGUUUGCUACCACAAGACAAGAUGGACAUAAUCGGGGGAUUCAGCUCGUCGUAUAUUGUGGCAGAUACUAUGCACAAAAGAUUUUCGCGAAUCCUGAUGGCGCAUAUGUUCCAGAUAUCCUUUAUACAAUACCCUUGAAUAGUGUGGAAUACAGUGUUUGGCUCGAAACGACGCGGCAAGAGUAUGCUGCGAAGGACAAAGUGCUUGAAGAUUUCGUGUUUACGCUGCAUAGCUCCCAGGACUGUAGCGACGCGUAUGUGAAGCAGAAACUUCAGGAAAUCGAUCUUUACCAGCUACCAUCGCCACUACCUCCCAAACGCUGCGGCCGGUAUCCACCACUUUUCACAAUUGAUUUAGACUUGCAGGUAGUAUCUUUUGGAACUACGAUACACCUCAGCUUGACUGAUUUACCUAGUGAUCGUAAUAAAUUUUUUGCUGCGCCCGCUAGCCCUUCUUUCCGUUGGCCAUGUCUCCCAAUGGCUGCACAUCACCUCGUCCCUUUUCCAUCCCCCUUGCCAGCUGAACUGAAAUGUGAUCUUUACAAUUACGGGACAGGAUAUCGCGCAAUUCCUCUUCUCCCAAACAGGUGGUUAUCUGCGGACCCAGGCCCUUUUUGGCCGUUUUACGAGCUGGUGUUUUCCAACUUCAAAGCCGCAUAUUCUCAUAGUACCUGUCAAGCAUAUAUCAGGUGGUCGCCAUGUAGCUUCAUGUUCCGGGAGCUUGCAUAUGCAAUCAUCUCUAUGGCAUCUGGGCGAGUUUACUUUCGGAUCGAGCAUUCAGAGCGUCCUCAUAUCCCAUCAGAUAAAGCUUCAUGGCCAUCAGAACUUGGCCUUGGAUAUCACCUUGCAAAUCACCUCCCAGGCUCGGCGCCCGACGAAUCAAUUUAUUGGUUUGAUAAUGUCCUGGUCAGCCUUGUCCCAGAAAUUCCAGGACGGAGGCACAUUUAUAUCGAAAAGACAGUCAGCUUCGGCCUUCGGCAAGGAAACCUCGCCUUCCAAGCCAUAUUGCUGUCACUCUCAACCAUCAUGCUUCUCGAUGUGGAAGUUGUAGAUGGGAUUCCGGUGGUGAAACACACAGACCCGCUCAAAUUAUUCGGGGACUGUCAGGUCGCAGACAUUUCUUCAAACGAGCCUCCUCUGCUUCGUUCGCUAAGCAAUCUCCAGAUAUAUCAACCGCAAAGCCUUCCUGCCCCACCUUCAUUGACUAGCAAAGAAGCUUUCAGAGCUCUCUCAAGCUUCUUCGCAACCGCUACGCUCCGUUGUCUAAAGCCCCAUGGUAGGGAGACCCAGGGCCUCCUGCCAAACGAAAUCUAUUACAUGAUACUUGACUAUACCGACAACGCCACAUUCCUCACAUGCGCGAGGGUUUCAUGUCUUUUUCGCUCAUACUGCCUCUCAAAAAUACGCAUAUGCCGAAAGAAUGAAAAUAACGAAGAACAUAUAUGUGACACAAGCAGUCCGAUAGACACAUUUACUCACCAAAUCAUCCAAAUCGGCUCACCGCUGUCCCUUACACUCCAAAACAGAGCGUCCGGAGAGCUUACAAAGUGGUGUCCGUCAAAGGCGUCCACGUUGUCUUGGUUUCCAAAACGUAUAGAUGAUUUGUAUUUGGUCCCCAUAUUUGGUGAGCCAAACCGACUAAGCGAAAGCCUGCAAGCGAUGAAUAUUUUCACAAUUGCACAGGAUUUCUAG